AUGGGCGCUUAUCUGUCGUCGCCUAAAACGGCUAAGGAGUCGAGUGAUGGUAGAGGAGGCUUCCAUUCUUGGGGGUGCUCUGAGGUGCAGGGAUGGCGAACGGAAAUGGAGGACGCCCAUGUAGCGAUAAGUGGCUUGGAGGGUACGAGUGGGGGGGUCGCCAUGUUCGGUGUAUAUGACGGCCACGGAGGGUGUGAGGUCGCUAAGUUUGUCGAGAAGCAUCUCCCGGAAGAAGUAGCUGAGAAGAGCUGUUACCUGAUGUCCAGUGCGAGUCCAGGAAAGUUAACCAAUGGAGAUUUGUUGGUGAAGGGCUACCAUAGAAUGGACGAGUUGCUGCGGAGCUCGGAGUUCAAGGAUGAGCUCGCAGAGUAUCGGAAAGCUGCGAGUGGUGAUGGCGUUGGUGGUGGGAAGGCGAGGUUCGCGUCCCUGCUGCAGAGCUCGAUUGUACAGGACCUUGCUGAGCUGCGGGAGAGGGAGACGAUUUCCCGACAGGACGCCAAACCCGUUAUGAUGAAGAUGUUUGUUUUGAAGAGGUUGGAGGCAUCACAAGCUGCUGCUCCCUCCAACUCGUCAACUCUCGAGGAGACCGUUCCCCCUCGCCGUAAUCCAUGUGGAGACCUUGCUGGAGCGGAUGAAGGGCAGGGCGGCAUUGGUACGGCAACUCGGUGUGGUGUGGAAGGAUCCGCUGCGCUUCAGUUCGGCUCUGAAAGUGGUGGAGUAUCGAAUGUUGGCUGUACGGCUGUGACGGCCUUGCUGACGAAAACUCAUAUUGUCGUUGCCAACGCUGGAGAUUCGAGGGCAAUUUUAUGUGUGUCUGCUGUGCUUGUUGUGAAUGUGGCAUCAUCACGAACAGGUAGAGGAGGGCGCGUCGUGGAGCUUUCUCAUGAUCAUAAACCCAAUUCGGAGACAGAGAGGCGACGUAUCGAAGCCGCUGGUGGGUAUGUCGAAGAAAUAAAGUUAACAGCCAAAACACAGUACCGUGUGAACGGUAACUUGAACUUAUCUCGAGCAAUAGGAGAUCAUGAGUAUAAGAAGCGAGAUGAUCUCAAACCAGAGGAGCAGAUUAUAUGCAGCACGCCCGACAUAGUUCUCAAGGAGCUUACCCCUGAGGAUGAGUUUUUCGUUUUAGCUUGCGACGGAGUCUGGGAUGUGAUGAGUAACGAAGAGGUCGUCGACUUCAUCCGGCCACGGAUUGCCGAGGGUCAGAAGAAGCUUUCGGAAAUUGUAGAAGAGCUGUUAGAUCAUUGCAUUGCUGACGAUCCUAAAUUGUCGGAGGGAAUAGGGGGUGAUAAUAUGACUUGUAUCCUCGUUAAACUAGAGCGUCAUGAUGAUAAGCUGUCAUCAGCCUCUGCAGCACCAUCUGGAUCUGAUCGGCUUUAG